AUGGCGGACGUCUGUAUACGCCGUUAUCUGAGCGAAUCAGGUGAGAAGGAGGCACUGGAUGUGUUAAGAGAACAGCUACGUCAUCACAAGCGCGUUACGUCCGAUGACGUUCGUCUCGCAGUGCGUGCUGUUGCUAGUCAGGGAGGUACCGUGGCCAUUCCACCCGACUUCCCACCGUCUCGCUGGGUGUUCGAGUUCAAGCGCAUGCAUGGCUUUGUACAGCUCAAUAGCUUUGCGUUUGACACGUCAGCAGCAUCGUCGAUUAUUGGAGGAAAGACAGCGUAUGGAACGUCAAAGCGGGUGGAGAUAGCACCGCUACGUUCUGAGCCUGCAACGAUCGAACCAGGAUCCAAGAGUGAGAGGUGUACGAGCGCCAGUAACGAUAACAAGAGCAACAGGAUCAACAUUUACGACAAAAGUAGCAAUUGCACGAGCACUACUGUAGCACAAGGCAAUGGCAGCAGCGGCAACACAAGCAGCGACGACGGGAAGGAAAAGGGACUGAGCGACGACAACAAUCGCUCGUUGCUACCAAUGCUGUCGAAAGCUGCAGUGGCCUGUUCUGGCCCUUACCUUCCACUUCAAAAUGAGACGCACUGUCAGGCUCAGCUGCAGCACAGCUUCAGUCAGCGUCACCGACAGCAGCUGCAGCAGCAACAGCGUCGGGCCAUGAUCGUGGACGAACAUCGACGCGCUGGAGCGUGGUCGAAAGAAUGUACAACAGGACGGGAAGAAGCGCAUUUAGGGGCGAGUCAUGGUACUCUGAGCAACGAGACCAGUAAAAACAUUGGACUGGAUACUGGGUCAAGCGGUAGCUCUAGCGAUAACGGAUCAUACGGUGGAAGAGAUAUCAACGCGAUGCUGCCUCAGAUUCAACAGGUCAUGAUUAGCAACAGCAGCAGUAUGGACGAAGUCCAAGACUCGGCGUCCAACGCAUCAUCGUCCAACGAUAAGCGCGGUUACAAACUGAGCCACACGGUUCCAGUCGAGACCUGGGAGAAGGCCAUUGCGGCUGUCGAGCAGCAGGGCAUGAGUUUGCGCACGGCUGCUAAGAUGUAUGGCGUGCACUUUGCGGCGCUGCACCGGCGCGUGAAGAAGCGCACACAAGGUGGCCAGGGCAAUGGUAAUGACGGGUAUUUUCACCCGAAUGACGAGGCUGGAAUCAUGCGCGUGGUAGUGGCUCGUGCCGAGCUGGGUGUCUUGAUGACGUUUGACGAACUGAUGCGGCUGGUGGAAGCUGUGGCAUUGCGCAAGCUGCCCGAUAUCUCGGUGAUCUCGGCCCGGAAACUAUUGACGCGUUUUGAGUCUCGCAAUGCGCAGUCGAUCCGGCAUAUCAUUGAAGAUUGGCCUCCUCCACAACCAUAUAUGGAUGCGUAUUCAUCUGCAGGAGAAACUGUUCCACGCCAGUCCCAGCAUUCGAAGGAGUUUGAAUUAAAGCCAGAAUCUUCCGGUGUUUCUCUAUCUACAGUCGCUGGUACAACGAAUGAAGCUGGAAAUGCUGCCUCAGAUGUGGCAGACACAGCAAAGACGUCGUCUUCAUUUGUCUUACCGGAUCGUGUAAGUUCUCAAUUACCAAGCAUCCCUGGUCAAGUAAAAAUGCCUGGAAAAUAUGAUCAACACCAUGACACUGGACUCUCGAUGGACACUAAUGGAACUCCAAAUGAUCAAUUGAGUUUUGCAGAUCGUACACGCUCAGAAGGUGAUGAUAAUGAUCCUGUAAUAGUUGUGUAA